CCUGGUCCCUCGGAAAUAUAUACAAAGUUUAGCACCGCCAUUUCGUCUAUGUACCUACCUAUCUAUGUAAGGUACUGUAUCACUCUAUUUCAUUACCACGAGCAUUCGUUUCGUUUCACGGGAUCUCAUAUACACCUAGGGAGGUAAUUUGGUUGUCGAACCGGAUCAUUCCAGGCUAGGAAUCGCAAACUUGUACCUCCCUAAGUAAAUAUAUUCCCCAAGCUUGAGCCAAGCAACCGCCAAUCCUUAUAACAGCAUCACGGGUCAAGUUGGCGACAAUUUUGUCGCACUGGCAGGCCGAGCGAUGUCGUCGCCCGGCGUUGGUGCAGGAGCAGCAGCCGGCCUCCCAGGCAUGGCCACAACGCUCCGUCGUCGCGUGAUUGGAACUGACACGCCGUCCGAGACUCCAACCCCGACUCCGACUCCGACACCACGCGAGACAAGUCCAGGGAAGACGGACAAGAAGAAGAUCGAGGUCGCCCACCGCAGGCACAAGUCGCGUAAGAGGAGGAAUACUGCAAUUUUCCUGUUGGGGAGUCUGUUCGGCAUCAUCGCGGCCGGAUUCUUUGCCAAAAGCAAUGAUCUGAUCGACUUCCCCGGGAUUGGGGAGCUGAGCAUGGACAGCUUGUUCGACGUGCUUCCCGCCGGCCUCGUCAAGGACAUAGGCGAUCUGAUGAAGGGAGAGCGCGACUUCAUCGAAAGCUACGACGCCUUCUCGGUCGGGCUCAAGGCCAAGUCCGAAGGCCUGUCGGCCGAUCAUCCCAUCGUCAUGAUCCCGGGGGUCAUAUCGACGGGUCUCGAGUCGUGGGGUACGUCUAACGCCUCCCUCCCAUACUUCCGGAAGCGGCUAUGGGGCAGCUGGAGCAUGAUGAGGGCCCUCGUGAUGGAGAAGGAGGUCUGGAAACAGCAUAUCAUGCUCGACAAGCAGACCGGGCUGGAUCCGCCGGGCAUCAAGCUGAGAGCUGCCCAGGGCUUCGAUGCCACCGACUUCUUCAUCACUGGCUACUGGAUCUGGAACAAGAUCAUCGAGAACUUGGCCUCGCUUGGCUACGAUCCGACAAGCUCAUUCACAGCAGCAUACGACUGGCGGCUGUCGUAUCCCAAUCUGGAAGUGCGUGACCAGUACUUUACAAGGCUCAUGUCGCACAUCGAGAUGGCUGUUGCCCUUUCCAACAGGAAGGUUGUCAUCGUCUCGCACAGCAUGGGCAGUCAGGUCCUGUUUUACUUUUUCCACUGGGUUGCGUCAGAAAAGGGGGGCCGCGGAGGAGACGAUUGGGUCGAGCGCCACGUCGAUUCCUGGAUCAAUGUCAGCGGGUGCAUGCUCGGCGCCGUGAAAGACAUCACGGCCAUGCUCUCUGGAGAGAUGCGAGACACCGCCCAGCUGAACGCCUUCGCCGUCUACGGCCUCGAGAAGUUCCUGAGCAAGGAGGAGAGGGGCGAGAUCUUCCGCGCCAUGCCUGGCAUGUCGUCCAUGCUACCGAUCGGUGGCAAUGCCGUUUGGGGUAAUCUGACCUGGGCACCCGAUGAUCAGCCUGGCCAGGAGGAGUCAUUCGGCUCCCUCCUCAAUUUCCGCACAGGUGCCAACUGGACUACUCCGGAUAGGAACUUCACCGUGGACGACGCGAUGGAAUACUUGUUCAACACGACUGAGGAUUGGUAUCAGAAACAGGUGAAGGGCAGCUACUCCCAGGGUGUCGCCCAUACGAGCGCCGAGGUCAACGCGAACGAGAACGACUCGCGUAAAUGGGUCAACCCGCUAGAGACACGUCUGCCGCUGGCGCCGAGUCUGAAGGUCUACUGCUUCUACGGCGUGGGCAAACCGACCGAGAGGGCGUACUAUUACCGAGCGCCAGACAUACCACAAGCAACCAACCUCAACAUCACGAUCGACACGGGCCUGACCCAGGGACGUAUCGACCACGGCGUCAUCCUAGGCGAGGGGGACGGAACGGUCAACCUGAUCAGCACCGGCUACAUGUGCAACAAAGGCUGGAAGAUGAAGAGGUACAACCCCGCCGGCGUGAAGGUGACGGUCGUCGAGAUGCCGCACGAGCCCGAGAGGUUCAACCCGAGGGGCGGACCCAAAACGGCCGACCACGUCGACAUUCUUGGGAGGCAGAACCUGAACGAGCUCAUCCUCAGGAUUGCUGCCGGCAAGGGCGACGAUAUUGACGACUACGUUGUAAGCCGAAUCCGAGAGUAUUCGGAGAGAGUCGAGAUAUACGAAGAAGACGGCGAUUGAAGGCAGAGUCACGUGGGUAUGUAAAUUGUUUUCUUAAUAGCAGGUCCUGGGUCGGCAGCUUCUUUUUAGGUUGUUUUUCGGUGAGCACGGUGUUCAGGUCGAUGAUCAUUGUUUGUAGACUACAACUGCCUCAGGUAAGGUACCUUCCAUCUUGUGGCGUAUGUCGGGGAUGCAUAAAUCAGGUCAUGGAAGAUACCUAGGUACCUCAAUGAUGUCAGUCAACCAGUAUAUACCUGUACCAUUAAGAUAAGAGGUAAGCGUAGGCAGAUUCCAU